AUGCUUUUGACCUCCCCCGAUUGGCGCCUUCAGCUUUCCUGCGUUGAUAGACGAGUACAUCAUUCACAUCCCCCAAUUUCCAAACAACAUCGUCAUCCUCUUCUCCCUCCACCAACAUCGGCUACUCAUUCAUCUGCCCUCCCACUUCACCUUCGGCCUCCCUGCAUCUCCGACUAA